AUGUAUCUACUUAUCGUAUUUUUGCCUCUGCUCGGUAGUUCCAUAAUAGGUUUUUUCGGACGUUUUCUAGGAUCAGAAGGAACCGCUACAAUAACCACUACGUGUGUUUCAUUCUCUUUGAUCUUAUCUUUGAUUGCUUUUUAUGAAGUUGCACCGGGAGCUAGUGCUUGCUAUCUAGGAUCGCAUACUUGGUCACCCGAUGCUAUAGAGGGUCCCACUCCAGUAUCCGCUUUGAUUCAUGCAGCUACUAUGGUACCGGCUGGCAUUUUUAUGAUAGCAAGGUGCUCCCCUUUAUUUGAAUACUCACCUACGGCUUUGAUUGUUAUUACUUUUACAGGAGCUAUGACGUCAUUCCUUGCGGCAACCAUUGGAAUAUUACAGAACGAUCUAAAGAGGGUCAUAGCUUAUUCAACUUGCAGUCAAUAACCCUAUAUGAUCAUUUCUUGCGGCAUCUCUAACUAUUUGGUUAUCAUCUUUCACUUAAUAAAUCACGCGUUUUUCAAAGCAUUACUCUUCCUGAGUGCAGGUUCGAUGAUUCAUGCCAUGUUGGAUGAGCAAGAUAUCCGGAAGAUGGGAGGGCUUGCCUCCUCAUUCCCUAUUACCUAUGCCAUGAUGCUCAUGGGCAGCUUCUCUCUAAUUGGAUUUCCUUUUCUAAUUGGAUUUUAUUCCAGAGAUGUGAUCUUAGAGCUCGCAUACACUAAGUAUACCAUUAGUGGGAAUUUUGCUUUAUGGUUGGGAAGUGUCUCUGUCCCUUUCACUUCUUAUUACUCUUUUCGUUCACUUUUUCUAACAUUUCUAGUACCAACUAAUUAAUUCGCGCGAGACAUCGUUAGAUGUCAUGAUGCGCCCAUUCCUAUGGCCAUUCCUUUAGUACUUUUGGCUCUCGGGUGUCUCUUUGUAGGAUACUUGGCCAAAGUGUGA